CCGGGUGGAACUUGACCUGGAUAUCUUCCUACCCUGGCCACCGGCUGGAUCCGCCACGAGCAAGAUCCUCAAACCAGAUAUCUGGGAAGCCUAGAGGGGCUCUGUGCAGCCUGCUAUACCCAUCGACAACAUCGUCAUGGCGGACAUCCUGACGUCGUCUCCGCAGAUCACAAUGAUAGCCGGGGUCUCGCUUAAGGUGGAAUAUGAAGGGGUGGUGGUGGGGGAGAUAAGGAGGUUUGGCACCAGAUCGGAGGAAGGGAGGAUUAACUGUGAUAUGAGAUUGAGGGGAGUCUCUGGGGAUGGGGCUUUCCCCGGGGAACGGACUGGGCUGCUCUGGCCCGUGAUAAGGGCAACCAUGAAGGAUGUAACCUCAUCAAUAGCUGCUACACUAGACUAUGGCGAGGAUUUGGGGGGGGGCUGCUUCUACGGAUUCGGAGGAUUGUUCAGCCCGGGGUCGGAUUUCUGGGGGAGAAUCGUAAGAAUUGGAGACGCCCUGUAUGCGGAACCGGAACCUUCUGCACCUGGCAUGGACGAGGCGUUGGCGAUAACCUGUACGAGUUCCACAACGGCACAGAACGACGACCGAACGACAGCGGGUGAUACAACGGAUCAGCUGGAGGAAGCGGCACAUGGCGGCAACGCAGCCUGAUUAAUGGGAGCAAGCGAGGAGGGAGCAGCGAAGGAACUACUCCUCCUGGACAAAUGCAUAUACUCCCUACUCCCGGCUCC